AUGGGGAACGGCUCUAUGAAAUCGAAGCGUUACAAACACCCAGAUGGCUCCUCUGCUUCUUUCAACGGCCGAACUCACAAAGAUCAUGGCGCUGGGUUUAAAAACUCCUUGGAUUCCCUGAGGGCCCGAGUGGAGGAACUGGAGCGAGAGGGCAAGAGGAAAGAUGAAGAGCUUUGUGCAAAAGAGCAGCAGAUCAAAGGUCUCCAGGAGCAGCUGGCUAAGCAGACCCGAGCAAUGGCGGAACUGAGCGAAGAGCUGCAGAACAAGUGCAUCCAACUCAACAAGCUCCAGGACGUGAUGAAGAACCAGAGCGGAGCCUCGGCAAGUCUGGGAUCACGUCAACCUUCCAUCAAAACAGGCGGCAAAGGAAGCCCCAACCUCAGCAUCCGCAUCAAGGAAACCCUCAACAGGAGGAAAGGGGCCAAAGCAGGGGUGUCAGCCGAACCCUCGUCCAGAACAUACGACUCCAGCAGCUUGCCUAAGUUCUCCUUUGAGAAGGCCCGGGUACCGAAGGACGCGAGCGUGAAGAAGCUGCUGUGCGAAGCCCUGAACAAGAACCAGUACCUGAAGCGUCUGGAGCUGCAGCAGAUCAAAGACAUGGUGGAGUGCAUGUACGAGCGCACCUAUCAGCAGGGAGAGUACGUCAUCAAGCAGGGAGAGCCUGGAUACCAUCUGUUUGUCCUGGCAGAUGGGAAGCUGGAUGUAUUUCAACACAACAAACUGCUCACAUCGAUCACGGUAUGGACCACGUUUGGAGAAUUAGCCAUUCUGUACAACUGCACACGGACCGCAUCAGUGAGAGCGGUGAACAAAGUCCGGACGUGGGCUUUGGACCGGGAGGUGUUUCAGAACAUCAUGAGGAGGACCGCUGAAAUGAGACACGAACAGUACCGCAACUUCCUCCGAAGUGUGUCACUCCUGGCCAAUCUACCAGAAGACAAGCUAAGCAAAAUAGUGGACUGCCUCGAGGUGGAAUACUAUGACAAAGGAGAAUACGUCAUCCGGGAGGGAGAAGAGGGCAGCACCUUCUACAUCAUCGCACAGGGAAAGGUGAAGGUGACGCAGACCACCGAGGCCCACAAACAGCCGCAGAUCAUCAACACGCUGCAGAAGGGAGAGUACUUUGGAGAGAAAGCACUCAUAAGUGAUGAUGUCAGGUCUGCCAAUAUCAUUGCUGAUGAGAACGGGGUGGAGUGCCUUGUCAUUGACAGAGAGACAUUUGAUCAGACAGUGGGCACCUUCAAUGAGCUGCAGAAGUACCUCCAAGGCUACGUGGCAACACUUGAUCGUGACGACAAGAAGAGACACGCCAGGAGGUCGGUGUCACGCCACCAGAGUCAGCCGCUGUCUCCAGACCUCAUCCAGCUGAAGGACAUGGUGUCGUCGUUCUCUCCGUCCAGGCCUUUGGACCACCUGGAGAUCAUCUCGACACUCGGGGUCGGCGGCUUUGGACGAGUAGAACUGGUAAAGGUGAAGGGGAAAGACAUCACCUUCGCACUAAAGGUUAUAAAGAAGAAGCACAUCGUUGACAACAGGCAGGAGGAACACAUCCACUCGGAGAGGAAGAUACUCGCUGAGGCUCGCUCAUCUUUCGUUGUCAAACUGUAUCGCACGUUCAAGGAUGACAAAUAUGUGUACAUGCUGCUGGAGGCCUGCUUGGGUGGAGAGAUUUGGAGCUUGCUCAGAGACAGGGGAAGUUUUGAUGAGCCAACUGCCAAAUUCUGCGUGGGUUGUGUCACCGAAGCUUUUGAUUACCUCCAUCGUAAAGGCGUCCUCUACAGAGACCUGAAGCCGGAGAAUCUCAUGCUGGAUUCUGAUGGAUACAUCAAACUGGUUGACUUUGGGUUUGCAAAGAAGAUCAGAUGCGGCCAGAAGACCUGGACGUUCUGCGGCACACCGGAGUACGUGGCUCCAGAGAUCAUCCUCAACAAAGGCCAUAACUUGAGUGUGGACUUCUGGUCGCUGGGCAUCCUGGUGUUUGAGCUGCUUACCGGCAGCCCUCCGUUCUCAGGAAGUGACCAGAUGAUGACGUACACCUUCAUCUUGAAAGGAAUUGAGAAGAUGGACUUUCCAAAGAAGAUCGCCAAGAGACCUGAUGACCUCAUACGAAAGCUAUGCAGGAGAAAUCCCUCAGAGCGACUUGGCAACCUCAAAAAUGGAAUAACUGAUAUCAAGAAACACAGGUGGUUUAAUGGCUUUAACUGGGAGGGACUGAAGGCGAGGACUUUACUUUCUCCACUGAAAAGAGAACUCACAGGACCGACAGAUCACAGCUACUUCGACAAUUACCCUCCAGAUGAGGAAAUUCCACCUGAUGAGAUUUCUGGUUGGGACAUGGACUUUUGA